UUAAAGGUCCACGGCAUUAUAUAAGUCCUCUACUCAAAUUGCAAACAUCACAGUGUCUCCUGGUACUACGGUGAUACCUGCAAACUAGAACAAUGAAGGUCCUUUUCUUUUUUGGAAUCUGCCUUGCACUUUCACUCUCUGUAUCCUACGGUCAUGUACGUGGCGGUUACUAUAGUGGUGGAUACGGAAGCGGUGGGUACGGUGGCGGUGGAUACGGUGGCGGUGGACUAGGUGGAGGAUACGGUGGCGGUGGAUACGGUGGCGGUGGAAUUGGUGGCGGUGGAUACGGUGGCGGUGGAAUUGGUGGCGGUGGAUACGGUGGCGGUGGAAUCGGAGGAGGAUAUGGAGGUGGUGGAUACGGUGGCAUUGGAGGUUACGGAGGCGGUGGAUACGGUGGCAUUGGAGGAUACGGUGGCGGUGGAUACGGUGGAGGUGGAUACGGUGGAGGUGGAUACGGUGGCCUUCAUGCUGGGUACGGUGGCGGUGGAUACGGUGGCGGUGGAUACGGUGGCGGUGGAUACGGUGGCGGUGGAAUCGGAGGAGGAUAUGGAGGCGGUGGAUACGGUGGCAUUGGAGGUUACGGUGGCGGUGGAUACGGUGGCAUUGGAGGAUACGGUGGCGGUGGAUACGGUGGCAUUGGAGGUUACGGUGGCGGUGGAUACGGUGGCAUUGGAGGAUACGGUGGCGGUGGAUACGGUGGUGGUGGAUACGGUGGCAUUGGAGGAUACGGUGGCGGUGGAUACGGUGGAGGUGGAUACGGUAAACACGGUGGACACGGUCACUUUUGACAUGGCGGAGGAUACAUGAGCUGAUCUUGGACCGGUUCGGCCGGAUAUGGUGUUUGUUACGGUCGUCAUUAUCAACAUUGUUUCGAAAACAUAUCUGGAGCGUGUAUUUGAUUGAUGACGAUAAUUGUUUCAGAUAAAUUCAUUGAUCCUUUCUGCUUAUAGAUCUUAGAAUAUGUAAUAAAAUAUGUUAACAUAUGUGAGUUACAUAAAACAAAGAACUUAAACUUAACGUUUUAUUGUUUAUGAAUGUCCGCUAUAUUUUUGUAAUUUGGGUAAUUUUCUUUCAUCAUUUCUGAUAAAAAAUGCUUGCUCGUAAUUUUUUUUUAAAUAAAUUUAAUAUACACUAUGAA